ACUGGUUGUCGUGGGUUUUGGAAUAUUUUUAUGCUUGACAAUCUACAUCAAAAGACGUAAACAGCAACUAUCAAAAAUUUUGAAGGAGUUUUGGGCGUUUCUAAAUACCGUAAAAACAAUACUUUAUGCAAUAUGCUCCAUGUUUCUUUAUUAUUCGUUCAAUGAAUUUGAAAUGUUAAAAAGUAACAGUCUGGAAAAAAUAAAUAGAAAACAAGAAUCAGAUGCAUCAAACGAAACAUUUAUACAUAACAACUCGGGUAGUAAGACAAUAAAGAGAAGAUCAAAAAGAACUUGCAAAAGUAUUUUUGAACGGUAUCAUAUUACUAUUAAGCCUAAACUAUAUAAGAGCAAUUCACUCUCCGAUCUCUCUCCAAAAUCAAGCGAUAUUUCACUCGACUUUCUCAGGAGAACAGAAAAUUAUCUGUACGAAAGUAAUUAUAAAAAUACGUUAUAUGACAAAUCAGGAGACACAUUAGAAAGAUAUUGGUCAAGACACUUAAUAGAAGCACCAUAUAUGUCGUGGAAUUUGAAAGGAAAAAAAUCGAAAAAAAAAUGUCAAUUGCCUGAUACGUACGCAUCCAAGUUUGCUUCUGAAUAUGUUAAAAAUUAUCAAUAUGUUACAUCAUCUGCAGAUAAUUCAAGUAUGUAUAGUGUUGAUGAAUUUAACACACAAAAAAUGGCUUCAUUUCCCUUUAAACCUACUCCCAGUGGUAAUUUGAAAGUUCAAUCGAACCAGGUAGUAUUUCAAUCAUCCACAGUUGGCGUUCUUUUAGCAGACCCUACUCAAGCAAAGGUAAAAGUAAAAUUUGAAGGAAAGGCAACAGGUGAACUCAAAAAUGAUGAGAAUAACGAGGAUAACAAUGAUCCAGAACUGCGACUUCAAUAUGGGCCUAGAGAAACAAAUGUCAAUACACAAGUUAGGAAAACCUUUACAACUAAUAAGAAUACUAAGAUUAAGCCACAUAAUUCAAAAGAUGAUAGCGGAGAAUACUUGAGCAAUCUUGGAUACACAUUGUCAGAACCUGUUGAUUGGAUGCGGGUUCAACUUCCUAAGAAAAAAGAUUUAUUUCAAGAGUUUUAUCGAAGAAUACAUAACUUUAUAAAUACAGAUACGAUUGUACAUAUUGGCCGAGAGGAAUUUCAUUGCCAUCAUGUGGUACUUGAAAUUUAUUCUUCGUUCUUUGAAAUAAACACACAACGAGAAAUAGAAUUACCAUGUACAAAUGUAACUCCAGAAUCAUUCCACACAAUUUAUGAAUGGAUGAUUUUUAGUGGUCCAGAAAGUAACAAAAUACUGAAAAGGGAUAAUGUCCUGGAUUUAUUUUGUGCUGCUCAAUAUCUAGGCAUAAAAGAUUUAGAAGAUCAGUGCUGGUCAUUUAUAGCCAACGAAAAUCUCUUUAACGAGGAUUCUGCAUUUGCUUUGUAUAGAGAGGCUAGACUCAAAGGAAUAACACCAGUGAUGGAUUUAAUGGUUCCCCGAGUAAUGAGGUUCUUUUUACCACUUGUUGCUUCAAAAGAUUUUUUGGACCUUGAACCUGAGGAAGUAAUGACUUUCCUCAAGUCCAAUUUUGUAUGCGUUACAAGUGAGAUUGAAAUUCUGAUGGCUGGUGUAAGAUGGCUGUAUGGAGACUGGGCAAGCAGGAGUAGGCAUGCAGUUGAGAUGAUGCAAUGUGUCCGGUUCGGUCUGAUCUCGCCAUGGCAGUUGGUGGAUAUUAAGAGGAACCCAGAAAAUGCUGAGAUAUUGGAGGUUGUCAACGAACCGGAAAUACAACAAAUGGUAGACGAUGGACUGGCAUAUGUAAUAAUCAAAUAUUGGUACGGCAACAACUCCAAGAACUAUUAUCACUGGAUUGAUGUUUUGGGUUUGACUGAACCAGCCGAAAGAAAUUGGAUAGGUGAAGAAAAGAACCACGUCACAUACAAGGAUUUUCUGAAAUAUCUUGAGGAAUUCCAAGUACCAAAAGAGCAAAUGUAUCAACAAAUGGCUAUGAUGCAACCGACGAGACGAACCGAUGAUAAUCACGGCAAUUUGCGAGGAAUGGAUGACAAAAUGGAAACGCGAAGGCCUAAAUUCGACUUUCCACUACCUGCAACCUUAAAGGGAUUGACAGGAGAUAAGUUUCCGACAGUGAGUGACGUUCUCGAAGGCAGAAAAAAGGCAAACGAAGAUGGUCCUUCACGUAGUAUAUCGCCGCCACCAAAGAAUUCCUCCCCAGAAUCCAAGAGAAGUCCAAUGAUGGAACAAAAACAGAAGGAUUUAGAGGAACCACACAAUGUACGUCAGCCAGUAAAACACGAGUGCUGUAAACAAAUACAGCAAAUUCACGUGUGCAAAUUGAAGCCGGAGAAUAUGCCUUAUUCAUCUCCCAUUCACGGCCCACCAGUAAAAGACUCUGAAGAUAUGAACACAACUAGUGAAACUAGCAGCGAAGCUGUUGCCACGAGUACUACAGACAACUACGCCAGCCGGCACGGUGAGAGAAGACACAGCAUUGCAGCUAGCUAUCUGGCUGCUGCAACUGCUGCUUUAUCGAGUAGCAAAAGAGAAUCUCAAAUCACUGCACCGCGGGCCCAAACGACCACCGAUGCUCGCAUGGGGCAAAACCAAGCCAGCACAUCUUCGCCCAACGAAGCUCGCAGCCCACAAACCUCAAUGUUCAACCAGUCCAAGGAAUCGCUUGCUAGAAUAAACAUGAAUAAGCUCUCCACUUCUAUUCUCGGGCCCUCGAACAAAAACUAUAUCACUGAUGGAUCUUUAUUCAACUGGGAUAGAGAAACAGUUUUGGUAUUCGGAGGUAUUGAUCCUCACACCUCUUAUGGCGUUGCUGGAAACACUGGCAAAGAUAUUUUUAGGUUUGAUCCGGUCACCAAUUCUUGGGAUUUAGUUGGCGAACUCCCCGAACCUAGACAUCAUCAUUCCGUUUCUUUUCUGCGUGGACGUGUGUUUCUUGUUGGAGGUGCAGACCCUCGAGAGGACGACUUACGUGGCAAAUCCGUAGUAGUUUCCACGGUGUGGAGCUUCGAGCCGGUCACGAGAUCCUGGUACAGUGAAUCUGGCCUCGCCGUACCGAGGAAGAAUUUCGGCCUCGUGGUGCAUCGCAUGGCUCUGUAUGCGAUCGGGGGUCAGGAUAAAAAGGGCAGAGUGCUUCGUUCAGUAGAGAGGUUCGACCCAAGAUCUGGGUCCUGGAGCGAAGUGCGCGCGAUGUCAACGGCGCGCAUGGCAGCAGCGGUGACCAAGUAUCGCGACUACAUCUGGGUAGCGGGUGGCAUGACGGGCGAGAAGAGACGACCCGUUUGCAACAUCGUCGAAUGCUAUAACUCUAAGACCAAUGAAUGGACGGAGAUACACAGUUUGCGGUUUCCAAGAUGUUUUGCUACAUUAUUUUCGAUGAACGAUAAACUGUAUAUUAUCGGAGGAGCAGGAAAAAUGUCCGAUAAGGACAAAACGCCAAGCAGCGUGGGUGCUAUAGACGUGUGGAACUGGAAAGAGCGCCAGUGGAAACUAGAGACAGAGAUGUCCAUACCAAGGCACGGGCACGCGCUGGCGUACCUCGGCACGCAACUCAUUAUUAUUGGAGGUGUCACCACAAUCUACAUGCGCGCUCUGAGCAAUGUUGAAUCCUUCUGCUGCGAGCGUGGUGCUUGGAUCCGAGGAGUCGCUACCCUACCUACUCCAUUGUCAGGCCAUGGUGCGGUCACAUUACCCCCAGCGUCCCUAAUGUGAGGCGCCAUCCUAACCUCUGUCUCCUAGGAUAAUAUACUAGUGGCUACUAUGUACAGCUCCUCUAAAAGGAGUGGGUUUCUGGCAAUAACGUUUCUCUGAAACCACCGUUUCAAUAGACAACGUUUCGUGAUGUCAUUCGUUCAUAUUGUGUAACAGCCACCUAGCCAAGACGGGGUAUUGUGCUAGGCUUGUUGGUGAUUGUGCCAGCUCGCUUGGCUUGUCAAGCAUCUCUAAAAGCGGCAUCGCCAUAAAAUGUAACGUAUUAUAGUAUUAGUAUCAAUUUCGUCAAUUUUUUUUAUCGCUAUGAUAAAUAUAGUCAGUCUGUGGUUCUGUGUAAGUAAAUGAGUUUAUUUUUAUAAGUUACUUAUCUAAUCUUGUAAAAUGUGUAAAAUAAAUUAUUGUUAUUAAAUUUUUGUGUGCAACGUC